AUGUUCGCAAAAAAACAUGAGGAUGCAACAAGUAAUGAUGGAUACAAUAAUGAAGCAGAUUUAAAUGGAGAAAAGAAAAAAAAGAAGAAGAAGAAUAAAAAUAAGAACAAGAAAAAUAGAGUAGCAGGAUAGGAAGAAGGUGAUCAGCAGUAAAAUGCCAAUCCAUAAGCCAAUAUCAUAAAAAGUGGAGGAGGAAAGACAAAUGGACAGCAAAAUGAUAGUGUCUUUGAUAAAACUUCAUCAACGUUUGGUUAUCCUGAAAACAGUGCAGGGCCUUUCUCAGAUAGAACACUUAAAGAAGAAGGUACUAAGGGUGAGAGAGAUUUCACUCCAUUAAAGGACAAAUUAGGCGCAAGUUUCUUUGAAGAUCAGGAUUCAAGUGAAGAUGAGGGUAUGCCAGAUUAUAAAAUAGGAGGCUAUCAUCCAGUUCAUGUGGGCGAAAUUUUACUAGAUAGAUAUGUUAUUAUUCAAAAACUUGGAUGGGGUCAUUUCUCCACCGUUUGGCUCACCAAAGAUCUCAAGUAUAACAACUACGUAGCUAUGAAGGUGCAAAAGAGUGCCUAGCAUUAUCUUGAAGCAGCUUAUGAUGAAGUAGAAAUCUUAGACUAAGUAGCUAACAAUUGGAAAACCGAAGAGUGGAAAAAGAGCAUUUAAGAUUUUUACAAAGAUGAUCCUCAACUUCAUGCUUACCUUGCCAAAUGGGGAAUGAGUGGAGAUACCUCUCACUGUGUGCAGUUAUUGAACUCAUUCAUUCAUCAUGGUCCAAACGGAAAGCACUUCGUUAUGGUCUUUGAAAUUUUGGGAGUAAAUUUCCUAGAAAUUAUUAAAAGAUACGAUUACAAAGGAGUUCCUAUUCCCUUGGUGAGAAAAUUAGCAAGACAGUGUUUGAUAGGCUUGGACUAUCUUCACAGAAUGUGCAAGAUUAUCCAUACAGACUUCAAGCCAGAGAAUGUCGUUAUUUGCUUAAGAGACGAUGAAGUCAAGGAGAUUGCCAGCACUGGCUAACUUACAACCACAAAGAUGUUUCAAAACAAGUCUGCUGAGAUCAUAAAGAAGAUUAACAAAAAGAUCGCUGGAACAGUUCCUCAACCAGCCCCUGUAUAAUAGUAGUAAAUCGCCAAGUAAGAAUCAACUGUUGAUCCAAAUGAGACGCCAGCUGUCUCCUAAAGUAGAUUAGAUGGACUGACUGCCAAGCAAAGAAAGAAUUUAAAGAAGAAGCUCUAAAAAAAGAAGAAGAAGAACCAAAUCAAAAAUGCAGAGGAAGAGAGCAAAGCUGAUGAAGAUGUUUAGACCACUCAAGAUCAGGUGUAAGACACUAAUGUUAUGGGUGAAAUCAGCAACUAGGUCUUGAAUCAAUAGGAUUAAACCUAGGGUGCUAAGAAGAAGCAUGCUAAGAAGGGAAGUAUGGAUCUUGGUAGCGAUAAGAUUAGUGGGUUACUUUUAGAUGAUGAGGACCAGUUGCAGAAGUAGCAAGAUGGCGAGCCGAAAAAGAGACGUGGACCUAAGAUUGAUGAAAAUGUGCAGGUAAAGAUCUGCGAUAUGGGUAAUGGAUGCUGGACCUACCAUCAUUUCACCCCAGAGAUUCAGACUAGACAAUACAGAUCACCAGAGGUCAUAAUUGGAGCUGACUAUAACACUUCAGCUGAUGUAUGGAGUUUCGCUUGCACAAUUUUUGAAAUGGUAACUGGUGACUUUUUGUUUGAGCCUAGAAAAGGUAACAAUUAUGAUAAAGACGACGAUCAUCUAGCUCAAAUGAUGGAACUCUUGGGAAGAAUGCCCAAGAAUAUGGCACUUUCAGGCAAGAAUUCUAAGAAAUUCUUUAAUAACUAAGGCCAUCUUAAGAGAAUUAGUGGUUUGAACUACUGGCCACUGAAGAAGGUUUUGAUGGAGAAGUACAGAAUAAAGGAGGAGGAAGCAUAAUCUCUGUCUGAUUUCUUAGUCCCUAUGCUCGAAUGGUAUCCAGAAAAGAGAGCUACUGCUCAAAAGAUGCUUUCCCAUCAAUGGCUCAACAUGUCAGCUAAUUAUGAUUACAAAUACACCGAUAGAGAGUACGAAGUAAUGAUGUUGAAGAAAGAAUUGAAGGAUAAAGUUAAAACAGGCGGUGCAAAAGCAGCAGCUUUGGCUUUGAACGAGUCCCAUGAAGAAAUGAAUGAAUUGAUUGAGAGUGAUGAGGAGAACAAUGCUGCUGACAUUGAUGAAUUCACACACUUCAUUAAUGGCUGCAAGAGCAGUGUUGAUGAUGAAGAAGGUUUCGACUGGGACGAGCUUAGUCUUUAAGAUAAAGAUGAGGAAAGAGAAAUCUUCAGGAGAAGAAAGGAAAAGGAGGCAAAGAUCAACAACUCUUUUACUGGCCCCUAUCCAAUUGACCCCACUGACUUCAAUCACACUGACAAGGGUCCAAACAACUAAUUUGCUCAUAAUAUUAAUCAGCAUUGA